UAUUAGAAGCAACAAAUUCCAUAUAUUUGAAAUUAUCAGGAAAUUCAACAAAACCAGCUCAUUGGGACUCCAAACUUGGGUUUGGAAAGUUUAGACCUUUUGCUUCAUUAAAUAGUCUUACCCCAGAUGGUGGGUUUAUUUUUGCCAUUGAUGUUGUGGUAAUGCGAAAAUAUCCUUUGAUGUACCGUGAAACAACUAAAGAUGGAAUAUAUAUCAUGCGUAAUGAAAAAGGAGAAGAACUGGCUCAAAGAAAAUUUACAGAACAGAUGCAGGAAAAGGUGUUAUCCUUACUAGAAAUUUAUCAUAAAGUAGGAAUAGGCAGUGAUGAUUCAGCAAAUAAUAAUAUCAGGCAAAAACAAGCAAUAACUAAACAAUAUGUGAAUAGUCUCACAUCUGGAGAAGAAAUAUUUAAUUUAUUGCAUGAGAAUACUGAGGAUUCUAAUAGGAUAUUUGAAUAUUUGAGCUCUGAUCAGAUUAGAUGGUUAAAUGAUUGGCUGAAUAGAAAAAAGAUAAGAGAUUUAAAUGAAAAGAAUGAUUGGCUUAAUGAGCAGUUGGAAUCAAUGGAUUUGAAGUGUGUUCGCUCUGUUGUUCCAUUCUUUAAAGUACGUGUAUGUGAUUAUCAUGAAACUGUUGGAGAGGUUCAAUCCAGGGUUAAAAGAGAAGCAUUGAUCACCAUAUGGAGUCCUAGCAGUUCUUUAUAUGAUUCUAUUUGUGAAGGACAAAGAAAUCACAUAUAUUCAUUGAUGGUGGCCAAUAAUCAAUCAUAUGAUCCAAAUUUAUCAACAACAAUUCCUUUAAUAC